AUGAAUGCGAAACGGGUAGUUACUCUCGUUUGUCUAUCACUACAAAGCCAGAAUUUGCAUAUACAUCCGUAUUAUUUAUACAGGACGGGGACAUCUUCAAAGCGAAAUUCUUCGGCCGCGGAAAAGUCGAUACCAAAAAAUUACAAGACGUUCAGCAUAUUCCUCCAGACUCGUCCUAUCCUACGGUCAGACCCGGCUGCAAUGUGGCAGAGGCAUGCCAUGUUAAAACCUCUACCCUCUUCGCUACAGUCACUUAAUAACAACAUACAGACUACUCUUACGAUACACAUUACGCUACUUAAAAUCCAUGCUGAUCUGUUCUCUACCCAGCCAUGGUUCCAAGAAUACUGGCUCACAUGCGUCAUAUUUCUCAAACAGCAGAUCUUGGCUAAUCUGGAGGUGUUGUCCAUCCCGCCUGUACUGUUCACGUCUUAG